UCUGUUUCUCCUUUAAGAAAAUACUUGAAUGCUUUGUGGCGUAUAAUCGUUCGUCGAUCUCACUGUUCGUUUCUCUCUUCGAUUGCUAUCGUGCAGAUCUGAGAUCGAGCGGGGCCGUGUCAACAUUGCGCUGGUGUUGCAUACUGGCAGUGGAAACAAGAAUGCGUUUAAGGCACCUCAUUGCCGCUGAAUACAGCGGCGUCAAUGUUGAGUUGGUGAAGGAUUUUCAGAUGGGUGUCUCCAACCAUACUCCAGACUUUCUCAAGAUGAAUCCUAUCGGAAAGGUUCCUGUUCUUGAGACUCCUGACGGUCCUGUUUUUGAGAGCAAUGCUAUCGCACGAUAUGUUGCUCGCAUGAAGGCUGACAGCCCACUUUACGGAUCUUCGCUCAUGGAAUACUCGCACAUUGAGCAAUGGAUUGACUUCUCUACCACGGAGGUUGAUGCUAACAUUGGAAAAUGGCUGUACCCACGUCUAGGAUUCUACCCAUAUGUUGCUGUGAUAGAGGACACGUUUAUUACUGCCUUGAAGAGAGCAUUGGGUGCCCUUGACACACACCUUGCUUCAAACACAUAUCUUGUUGGGCAUUCCGUGAUUCUUGCUGAUAUUGUGAUGGCAUGCAACCUUUACCAUGGCUUCACCCGGAUCAUGACCAAGAGUUUCACAUCCGAGUUCCCUCACGUGGAAAGGUACUUCUGGACCAUGGUUAACCAGCCGAACAUGAAGAAGGUCAUGGGGGAUGUGAAGCAGGCAGAGUCCGUCCCACCAGUUCAAAAGAAGGCUGCGGCACCAAAGGAGCAAAAGCCCAAGGAUGCCAAGAAGGAAGCAAAGAAGAACGAAGCCAAGAAGGAGGCCCAGAAGCCAGAGCCAGUUGAGAAAGCAGAGGAGGAAGAGGAGGCACCAAAACCAAAGCCAAAGAAUGCUCUUGAUUUGCUUCCUCCAAGCAAAAUGAUCCUUGAUGAAUGGAAGAAGCUGUACUCCAACACCAAGACCAACUUCCGGGAGGUUGCCAUUAAAGGCUUCUGGGACAUGUAUGACCCGGAGGGCUACUCCCUGUGGUUCUGCGACUUCAAGUACAACGAGGAGAACACCGUGUCAUUCGUGACCAUGAACAAGGUGGGUGGAUUCCUGCUGCGUAUGGACCUGUGCCGCAAGUACGCCUUUGGGAAGAUGCUUGUGAUAGGCUCCGAGCCACCUUUCAAGGUCAAGGGGCUUUGGCUCUUCCGUGGCCCUAAGAUCCCCAAGUUUGUCAUGGAGGAGGUGUACGACAUGGCCCUCUAUGACUGGGCGAAGGUUGAUCUCUCUGAUGCGGCGCAGAAGGAGCGCGUCAGCGCCAUGAUCGAGGACCUGGAGCCGUUUGAGGGCGAGGCGCUGCUGGAUGCGAAAUGCUUCAAGUGAUCUAUUCUCUUUGCGUUGUGGGGCUGAGAUGAGCUGUUUAGGUUUUGGUCAUCGUUAGUUAAAAAUUAGUUCAUACUACCUGGUUGUACUAGUUAAUUUUUUGCGCUACUAAAGAGUUAUGGUCAGAUUUUAGGGAAAAGAAACUGGAGAAGUUUGUGUCUGUCUAGUCUAUGACAAUACUGAUGUGGAUAUUGGAUUUGGUUUCGUGUUU